GUGACUUGAGUGGACAAGCAGCCAGAGACGACCAAAAGAACAAAGAACUCUUCACAGAUUUUUCUGCUAUAGCCCAGAGGGGGCGACUCUGCAGUCUGCACUCUUAACCAUGUUCCUCAAGGUUGGUUUGAUUGUGGUUUCUCUUCUCCUAAUCUUAGCACAAGGUGAAGAUCUCAGAUUCACCUACAAUGGAUUCCAAUCUGCCAACCUUUCACUUGAUGGCAUAGCAGAGUUAACACCCAGUGGACUCCUGAAGCUCACCAAUGGCAGCAAACAAGAAAAAGGCCAUGCCUUCUACCCCUUUCCCGUCCCCUUCAAGAAUUCAUCAAAUGCUUCGGCUGCUUUCUCAUUUUCCACCACUUUUGUGUUUGGUAUUGUCUCGGAAUUCCUAACUCUAAGUGGCCAUGGGAUUGCUUUUGUCAUAGCUCCAACCAAAGGCCUCCCAGGUGCUCUCCCAAGCCAAUACCUUGGCCUCUUCAAUGAGUCUGACAAUGGAAACUCCUCCAACCACGUCAUUGCUGUCGAGUUUGAUACGAUACAAAGCAGUGAGUUUGGAGAUAUCAACGACAACCAUGUCGGGGUUGAUGUUAAUGGUAUGAAGUCUCUAGAAGCCAAGUCUGCAGGUUAUUAUACAAAUAAGAGCGAGUUCUUAAACAUGAGUCUCAUUAGUGGUCAGCCAAUGCAAGUUUGGGUGGAAUAUGAUGGUGUGGAGAAGCAAAUUAAUGUCACAAUUGCCCCAAUUGAAAUCGUUAAGCCUGAUUUUCCUCUUCUGUCUCUGUCCCUCGAUCUCUCGCAGAUCGUUUUGGAGAAUAUGUAUGUUGGUUUCUCGUCAUCCACUGGUUCGGUUGUAACAUCUCAUUAUGUUUUGGGAUGGAGCUUUAGGAUGAAUGGUGAGGCUCAAGAGCUCAAUCUCUCUCAACUACCCAAGCUACCAAAAAUAAAAGGACAUCAUAAUUAUAGAAAUUUGAUCAUUGGGUUGCUUAGUUCCAUUCUUAUAAUGUUUGCAGCAAUCUCAGGGGUAGUUUUUGUGCUUAAGAGGAAUAGGAAGUUUGCAGAAGAGCUUGAAGAUUGGGAAUUAGACUAUGGGCCUCACAGGUUCAAGUACAAAGAUUUGUAUGUUGCCACCAAAGGAUUUAGGGACAAGGAGCUGCUGGGGAGUGGGGGAUUUGGCAGGGUUUAUAGAGGCGUAUUACCCACAUCUAAGAUCGAGAUUGCAGUGAAGAGAGUUUCCCAUGAGUCGAGACAAGGGAUGCGAGAAUUCAUCGCAGAAAUUGUCAGCAUCGGUCGACUCCGUCACCGGAACUUGGUAACACUUCUAGGCUAUUGUCGGCGGAAAGGGGAGCUACUUUUGGUCUAUGACUACAUGCCUAAUGGAAGCCUAGACAAGUACAUCCAUGGCCAACCAAGGGUCACCCUUACUUGGGGCCAAAGGCUUGGAGUCAUCAAAGGCGUAGCAAAGGGGUUGUUCUACCUACAUGAGGAGUGGGAACAAAUUGUGAUUCAUCGAGAUAUCAAGGCAAGUAAUGUUUUGGUAGACGGCGAAUGGAAUGGAAGACUAGGAGAUUUUGGUCUUUCAAGGCUGUAUGAUCAUGGAACUGAUCCAGUAACAACCCAUGUGGUAGGAACCUUAGGAUACCUCGCCCCGGAGCACUCGAGAACGGGCAAGGCCACGACGAGUACCGAUGUGUUCGCUUUCGGGGCAUUCCUGCUUGAAGUUGCAUGUGGAAAAAGACCAAUAGAGCUGCAAGCAGCGCCAAUGGACGAUAUAAUCUUGGUUGAUUGGGUAUUUUCUUGUUGGAGUAGAGGCGAACUUCUUGUGGUAUGCGAUCCGAAGUUGGGAGGGGACUAUGUGAGAGAGGAAAUGGAGUUGGUGUUGAAGCUUGGGUUGAUGUGCUCUCAUUCGGAGCCUUCAGCUCGGCCAAGCAUGCGCCAAGUUGUGCAGUACUUGGACAGGGACAUUCCCUUGCCGACGUUGUCAAUGCUCGCACUCUCUUCCGCUGGCUUAACAUAUCAGCUUCGUGAAGGUUUUGAUGAUUUUGCAAUGUCGUGUCCAUCUUCCAUGGACAAGGCAUUCUCCCAGUCAUCCUCGGUCACAGAAUCCCUCCUCUCCGGUGGCCGCUGAGCGUGCAAAAUUUUCUGUUUUAGCAUCAAGCUUAAUUUUAGUAUUGUACUGUAUUGUCAAGCUUAAUGUUGUUUUCCUUGUGGGAGGGGGGGGGGGGGGGGGGGGUGCGGCGGCGGGUGGAUGUUGAAUUACUUGCAGUUGCAGCCAUAGCUAUAGGUAUAAAGUUUAUCAUAGAAGAAUAUUUUUUAUUUUUCUAUUCUUCUUCCAAAAAAAUUUUCUAUGAUUAUAGGCCAA